AAUUUACCUUCAUAAAUAUUAAAUAGUAAAUACUAAAUACUACAAAUACGCAGACGCGCAGUUAAAAUAUGUCGUACAAAUCGCAAAUUGCAGAUAUACUAUUUAUCUUAAUAUUUACUAAAUUGAUACCAGUUUGAAUGCGUCAGCAGUCAAGAACGUUAUAGUGUUCACUUAGCACCUACUUUUUUUAUGACUACUUUUUGUAAACUCCACUUUAUAAUAGCUUAGUUACUAGUUAGUUUUUUUAUCUAGGACUUAUUAUAAAAUCACUUUUUUUUUAAAAUUUUAAACUGUUUAAAGCAUUUUAAUGUAUUUGAAAAAUUUGAAAAAUUUGUUCUUUAAUUGCUUCUAUUUGCUAAUACAUAUCUAAGUUUUGUUUUACAUUUUUAAACCUAUUUUAGUGUAAAGUUUAUAAUAAUGAGCAACUUAAACUUGAACAAAAAAACCUAUAUUUAUGAAUUGCCAUAUACCGAACGUAAGGAAUUCUGCAAUAUAAUUGACAUGAAUGAUAAAUGGGAAGAAUUAGGUGGAAAGUAUAUGAAAAUUGACUGUGCAACAUUAUUUAAAAUUAGCAAAGCUCCUAUGCGAAAUCAUUCUUCUACCGAUGAACUUUUAACAUUAUGGGGAGAACAAAAUCAUACAAUAUUAGAAUUAUUUACUAUUUUGUAUGAAAUGCAGCACUACAGAGCAAUGAUUAUACUUAAGCCAUUUGUCGAUCAUAAAUACCAUAAAUUGAUAUACCAAGGUGAUAAAAGCUAUAGUAACCUAGUUAAGACAGAAACUGGCAAUGAUUUAAAUAAUGAAGUUGGUAAUCUUAUAAAAUUGAACACUGACAGCAAUCAAAGAAGAGCAAAUAAUCUAGAACGUGAAGAUUUAAAUAUAUCAGGAAAAAUAAAUGAGCAUAUCUAUUCUGAUCCAUCUGUAAUGUUUUCCUCUGCUGAAGCAUGUACACCUUUGAUAACAUACAAUGAACUUGAACAAGCUACUAAUUACUGGAAUAAGGAAAAUAUUUUGGGAAAAGGAGGUUUUGGAGUAGUUUUUAAAGGCAUAUGGAAAAACACAGCAGUUGCUAUUAAACGUCUUGAAGUUCAGAAAGGAGCAGAACAACAAUUUAAUAUUUUAGAAGCUCAAAGACAACAAUCUUUAAGAGAACUGAAGUAUUUAAAUUCUUGCAGACAUGAUAAUAUUUUAUCUCUAUAUGGAUUUAGCAUUGGUGGCGAAAAACCAUGUUUAGUGUAUCAAUAUAUGAUCAAUGGUUCUCUUGAAGAUCGAUUACAAUGUCGACAAGGAACUAAACCUUUAACAUGGUAUAUUCGUUUUAAAAUUGCAACAGGAUCUGCUAGAGGACUGCAAUUUUUACAUGGAAUGGAUAAACCUUUAAUCCACGGAGAUAUUAAAAGUGCAAAUAUUCUUUUGGAUCCAUAUUUUGAACCUCGUAUUGGUGAUUUUGGAUUGGCUCGUGAAGGACCUCUUCAAGAAUAUACUCAUGUAAAAGUUAGCCAUGUCCAUGGAACAAGGCCCUAUCUACCGGAUGAAUUUUUAAGAGGCAAAAAGUUUUCCACUAAAGUUGAUACUUAUAGUUUUGGUGUAGUACUUUUUGAAAUUGCUACAGGACAAAGAGCAUAUGACAGUUUAAGAAAUCAUAAAUUUUUAAAAGACCAUGUUGAAAAUAAUGAUUGUCCAAUUUCUGAUAUGGCUGAUGUGAAAGCAGGACCAGAUGAAAAUAAUGUUUAUCUUUCACUCAUGACUAUUGGUAAAGAUUGCGUUAGUUAUAAAGCAAAAGAUCGUCCUGAAAUGGAACAAGUAUUAAGGAAAUUAGAUUGUGUUAUGUUACAAGAAAAACAUCAAUCUACUAUCAGACAUAGUUAUUUACCAACAUUUCAAUACGAGAUGCAAAUGAGAAAACUUUCAACUCCAUCUGGAUCUUACCAUCCACAACCGUGGCUAUUUAGUCCUGUUCCAAGUAAUCAAUUGUUAAAACCAAAUACAUCACCUGUACCUCAUUUUGGAGCGUUAACUGUUCCUGAUCAAAUCGAAGGUGUAGUCGUGCCUCAAAUAGAAAUAAAGAACAACUGUUUAAAAGUAACAAGUAAUCCAACUUCUACAAGAUCUACUAAUGCCUCGCCAUCCAUUAAUGAAUCACUUUCUGACAGUCAGUUGACUAAUAAUAAUAAUCAGGAUUCCACUAAUACACCUCAAUUUGUUGAAUCUAAACUUCAAACAAGUGUUGAAAAAAAAAAUAGUGCUUGGAAUAAUUCGAUUCCUGGGGAAUGUGAUGAAUUACCAUUGAUAUCAGAACUGCGAUUACAAUCUAAUCAAAACUCUGUAUGAUAAAUAAUACAUUUCAUGUUUAAUUUUUAAUUUUAUGAUGUUGAAUUUUUAUAUUUAAUUCUUAUAAUCUAAGACAUUAGACAGUUUUAUUAAGUCAAUAUUUAAUAAUAAGUAAUUAU